GGGACGGCGCGAGCGGCUGGUCCCCGCGGCCGCUGCAGCGUGGUUUAUUGAAAGUCAUGUAGUCAAUGAGGAGGAGUGCCACCAGCACUGAGGGUAACCCAGCAACGAGGGACACCGGUCUGAGGAGUCAGCUAGCUGAUACCCUGGACUGGGUCGUGUCGGCUGAGUGGGUGAGUGGGCUUCACACUCCAUCUGCACUGGGCUGCUGAUGGAAAACCUGUCUGGAAUGUCAGCUGCCUGAGCUCCUUGCCCAGAAGAAAUGGAUGAAGAAGACCUAGAGCAUCCAAACUCCUCCCCAGAAAAGCGCUAUUUUCCUGAAUCCCUGGAUUCCAGUGAUGGGGACGAGGAAGGCGUUCUGGCCUGUGAGGACUUGGAGCUGAACCCUUUUGAUGGCUUGCCAUAUUCGUCCCGUUAUUAUAAACUUUUGAAAGAAAGAGAAGAACUUCCAAUAUGGAAAGAGAAAUACUCCUUUAUGGAGAAUCUGCUGCAAAAUCAAAUCGUGGUCGUGUCGGGAGAUGCCAAGUGUGGCAAGAGCUCUCAGGUUCCUCAGUGGUGUGCUGAAUAUUGCCUUUCCAUCCACUACCAGCAUGGGGGCGUGAUAUGCACACAGGUCCACAAGCAGACUGCGGUCCAGCUGGCCCUGCGGGUAGCAGAUGAGAUGGAUGUUAACAUCGGUCAUGAAGUUGGCUACGUGAUCCCUUUUGAAAACUGCUCCACCAGUGAAACCAUUCUGAGGUACUGUACUGAUGAGAUGUUGCAACGAGAAAUGAUGUCCAAUCCUUUUUUGGGUAGCUAUGGGGUCAUCAUCUUAGAUGACAUUCACGAAAGAAGUGUUGCCACCGACGUGCUGCUGGGACUUCUGAAAGAUGUGUUACUGGCCAGACCGGAACUGAAGCUCAUAAUUAACUGCUCCCCGCUCCUCGUCAGCAAGCUCAGCUCAUACUAUGGCAACGUGCCUCUCAUAGAAGUGAAGAACAAGCACCCCGUGGAGGUCGUGUACCUCAGCGGGGCUCACAAGGAUUCUCUGGAGUCUAGUUUACGCCUUAUCCUUGAAAUCCACCGCUCGGGUGAGAAGGGUGACAUCGUAGUCUUUCUGGCCUGUGAGCAAGAUAUUGAAAAAACCUAUGAAAUUGUCUGUCAAGAAGGAUCUACUCUAAACCCAGAUCUGGGAGAGCUGGUGGUUGUUCCUUUGUAUCCCAAAGAGAAAUGCUCCCUGUUCAAGCCAGUUGAUGAAACAGAGAAAAGACGUCAAGUGUAUCAGAGAAGAGUGGUACUGACCACCAGCUCCGGGGAGUCUCUGAUCUGGAGCCACACUGUCAGAUUUGUUAUCGAUGUUGGUGUAGAAAGGAGACAGGUGUACAACCCCCGGAUCAGAGCCACCUCCCUCGUCCUGCAGCCCAUCAGCCAAAGCCAAGCAGAAAUUCGCAAGCAGCUCCUCGGGUCCUCUCCCUCAGGAAAACUUUUCUGUCUGUACACUGAAGAAUUUGCCUCCAAAGACAUGAAGCUGCUGAAGCCCGCGGAGAUGCAGGAAGCCAAUUUGACCAGCAUGGUGCUCUUCAUGAAGAGGGUGGACAUCGCGGGCUUGGGCCACUGCAACUUCAUGAACAGACCAGCACCAGAAAGUCUGAUGCAGGCCUUGGAGGACCUGGACUACCUAGCAGCACUGGACAAUGACGGGAACCUCUCAGAGUUUGGGAUCAUCAUGUCUGAGUUCCCUCUGGAUCCGCAGCUCUCCAAGUCUAUCCUAGCAUCCUGUGAAUUUGACUGUGUAGACGAAAUGCUAACCAUUGCUGCCAUGGUAACAGCUCCCAGCUGCUUUCUGCAUGUGCCUCACGGGGCUGAGGCGGCUGCGGUGACUUGUUGGAAGACAUUUUUACACCCUGAAGGUGAUCACUUUACCCUCAUCAACGUUUACAAGGCCUACCAAGACACAGCUCUGAACUCUGCCACCGAGCGCCGCGUGGAGGAGUGGUGCCGCGACAACUUCCUGAGCAGCUCUGCCCUUGGGGUGGCCGAGGCCAUCCGAGCAGAACUCGUAGACAUCAUCAAGCGGAUCGAGCUGCCCUAUGCAGAGCCUGCUUUUGGCUCCAAGGAAAAUAGUCUGAACAUCAAGAAAGCGCUGCUGUCUGGGUACUUCAUGCAGACUGCGCGGGAUGUGGACGGGUCGGGGAACUACUUAAUGCUCACACAUAAGCAGGUUGCGCAGCUGCAUCCGUUGUCGAGCUACUCCAUCACCAAGAAGAUGCCGGAAUGGGUCCUCUUCCACCAGUUCAGCAUUUCUGAGAACAACUACAUCAGGGUGGCCUCGGCAGUGUCCCCCGAACUAUUUAUGCAACUGGCACCACAAUACUAUUUCAGUAACCUGCCUCCUAGUGAAAGUAAAGACAUUCUGCAGCAAGCCUCGGGCCACCUACCAGCCAUGGCAGCCGUGAGACAGGACCAGGACAUGUGUGAGAAGGGCCCAGAUGCUCCUGAACAGAGAUGCACAGUCCAGUGACUGCCUGAACACAAAGUGCAAUAAGGAUACCCAUGGGGCCCUGGCUGGGCUGCUGAGCCGAGAGGAGACAGUGCUCCCCAAAGGACGGCCCAGACAGAUGACACUGCAAACACC